UAAUUUUCUCAAAAGUAAACAAUUGAAUUGAAAAUUGUUUCUUCAUCUCUUUUUUCAUUUACAAGUUGUUAAUUGCGACAAUUAUGGAUUUAAUUAAACCUAAUUUACUCAUGGUUAAUGGAAGGUGUUACCGAUCAUUUUAUUCUGGUGAAGGAACAAUUCAUUCUUCUGGUGUAAAUAGUUAUGAGAUUGAUGAAGAAUAUGUUCCCGAUGAGGUGGAAGAAAAUUUGGAUGAAAAUAAUUAUGGAUGCGUUGAAAUAGAGAAAGAUGAUAAUGGUAAUUUUAUUUAUCCCAUGGCAGUUGCACCAGAAUUUUACGGAAUGAUCAUUGGUUACAAAGGCCAGACUUUGAAUAAAUUGGAAUAUGCUACCAAAUGUCGUGUCAUUAUUCCCAAGAGAGAUGAUUCUUCAAACAAAACUAUUACUCUUCGAUCUUCAGCUAAACGUAGUAUUCUCAGUGCUCGAUCUAAAAUAUUAGCCAUCAUUGAAAAAUCUCGAUCAAAAUUUGAGCCGAAUUAUUUUAUUUCCAUACCAAUUGAAGAUGAUUCAAUUACCCAAAGAUAUUUACAAUUUAAGGAUCAAGUUCUCACCGAGGUUAGAAAAGAACCACGUAAAUAUGAAGGAAUAUGUGAAGAGAUUUUCCAAGAUCCUGGUAGACUUCAUCUAACAAUCUGUAUGUUACUUAUUAUGGAUCAAGCUGAUGAAAAAGCUCAAGUGAUUUCUAAAUUGGAGAAAGUUUAUCAUGACAAAAUUUUAAACAUAAUCAACAAGAAAAAGAUAAUCGCUAAAAUCUCUGGUCUUGCCUACAUGAAUGACGAUAUCGAUGCAGUUGAUGUGCUUUAUGGUAAAAUUGAACCUAAUCCAGAUCUCCAAUCAAUCUCUGAAUUAAUUGUCGACCAAUUUAAAGAUACAUUGUUUAUCUCUCGAGAACGGGCCAAAGUAAUUCUCCAUUUAACUUUACUUAAUAGUAAAUUUAAAUUGGAUAAAGCGGAAAGAGAGGGUUGGUUAAGAGAUAGAAAAAAAGACAAGAGAGAAAAAUUUUCCAUCUCCGAAUUGUUGAGAAAAUUUGGUGACUUUCAUUUCGGUGAAACUCAAAUUAAAUCAAUUGAAUUAUCCAUUCGACACACGAGAACAAUUAAAGGAGGAUACAAAUCAGCCUUAACUUUGGAUUUAACUAAAACAUCAUAAAUUGGAACCAUCGGUCUUUGUUUGGAUUUGGUCGUCAACUGUCAAUCCAAUCAUCUUUUCAUCUCGGUGAUGGUUUCAAUUGUUUUCAUGGAGAUUCAAUUUCCAGGCCUUUGUCCAGUUUCACGGUGACCAAUGAGAAAUCUUUGGAUGAUGUUCCCUGUGUUUCAAGUAUUCCUUAUGUUGGGUCGAUUCUUCAUUACAUUGAAGCUUUUGGUGGUCAUAAUCCAGCAAAGAUUCAUGAA